AUGGACAGAGAACAACUCACGCAAGAUCUACCCGUCGGCGGCCAGGCCGUCAUCGAAGGGGUGAUGAUGCGCGUGCCCGGCAAAAUUGUCACCGCGGUGCGGGCGGCUGACCACCGGAUCGUGGUGCGCGAGGAAGCGUACGAUCCUCUAGCGCAGCGCUAUCGCCUAUUGGGUCUGCCCGUAUUGCGCGGUGCCCUCUCCUUUUUUGAAAUGAUGCUCAUCGGGCUGAAGGCCCUCAAUUUCUCAGCCGAUGUCGCCAGCCAGAAAGAGGGGCAGGUCGAGCAGCGGGAGGAGGGUUGGCGGGAGCAAUUGGCCCUGUGGGCGACGAUGGUCUUUUCCGUGGGCCUAGGCGUGGGCCUGUUCUUCUUUUUGCCGCUGCUGGCCGCCCAGCUCUUCGGCUUGCAGGAGAACGCCCUCGAAUUCAAUCUAGUGGCCGGUGCCGUGCGGGCGACGCUUUUGAUCCUCUACCUUUGGGCGAUAAGCCAGUGGCGCGAAAUCCAGCGAGUUUUUCAAUAUCACGGUGCCGAGCACAAAAGCAUCUUCACCGUAGAAGCCGGUGCCGAGCUGACGGUGGCAGCGGCGCGGGGCUUCGGCCGGCUGCACCCGCGCUGCGGAACUAGCUUCAUGCUGAUCGUCGUGCUCUUUGCGAUCCUGAUCUUCGCCGUCGUGGAUUCGCUGUUCCCGCUCGUCUUUGGGCACACGCAGAGCCUUCUUGAGCGCUUUGCCACUCAUUUUGCGGUGCUGCCCUUUAUCGCGGGGACGAGCUUUGAGUUGCUCAAGUUCUCGGGCAAGAAACGCAAUGCUCCGCUGGUCCGGUUGUUGAGUGCCCCAGGGCUGUGGUUACAGCGCAUUACGACCCGCGAGCCGGACGACGACCAGCUAGAGGUCGCCUUGUUCGCGCUGCGCCGCGCCCUAAAUGAAGAAGUCGAGGCCAAUCCAUCGUGUUAG